AAGGAGAUGCAGGAUGACGAGGCGAAGACCUUGCAGCGGCUGAUGCAGGGGGGCCGGAGGAGAAGCAGGGCAACGCCCGCCUACGGGUCGGCGCUCGCCAGCUUCCUUCCAAACGUGGUGCGGAGGUGCAUACGGCAUGGGCUGAUCAACAUGGCCCAGCGGCAGGCUGUCCUGGAGUCGGCCAAGACGAGCAGGUACAAUCCAGUACUCACCCGGUUUCCUGCGGCGGUGGUCUUCGCAGACGCCAGUGGCUUCACCAAGCUCACCGAGAGCCUCGCCAGGCAGCCGCACGGGGCGGAGCUCAUCGGCGAGACCCUCAACGGCUUCUUCCAGCCCCUGAUCCAGAUCAUACACAAGCACAGGGGCGACGUGGUCAAGUUCUCUGGGGACGCCCUGACCAUCGUCUGGCCCUCCGAGGACCCCUCGCCCGACCCGGGCCCCGCCCGAGACUCCCGCAGGGGCUCUGGCGCGAGCUGUGGAUCUGUGCUUCCGGGCCACGAGGGCGCGGAGCUGGACCCGGACGGCGCCCCCGCGCGCAGGGCGCGCGCGGCCGAGGCUGUCGCGGCCGCGGCCCGCUGCUGCCUGGAGAUCCAGCAGAGGAUCCCGAGCUUCAACUCCACCCCGCUGCGGGACUGCUCCCUCACCAUGCACAUCGGAGUGGGCUUCGGGGAGCUGGCCCUGCUGCAGCUGGGGGGGAUGCUGGGGCGCUGGGAGUUCUGCGUCGCGGGCCCCGCCCUGGAGCAGGUCGGCGAGGCGGAGGCGCUGGCCGCCUCGGGCGAGACCGUGCUGAGCCCCGAGGCGCGGGCGCUGGCCAGCAGCGCCUUCCGCCUCGAGGACGUCGCGGCGGAACGGUGCCAACGCCGCAACUCGGGCGCCCCGCCUCCAGCGCCGUGCGGCGUGCGCGGCGCGGGCUUCGGGCGCCUGCUGGAGCCCGCGCCGGGCUCGCCCACGGCCCGGCCCGCGCCAGAGCUCGCGCCCGAGUCGGACGCGGAGGCCGGCGCGCGGUCGGGGUCCUUCGGAGAGGGCGCGGGCGCGGGGAUAGACUGGUGGGGCAUCGAGGGCGUCGCGGGCCUGGACGUGCGCCUCCUGAGGAGGUGCAUCCCCAGCGCCGUGCUGACCCGGCUGGCGUCCUCGAGCGUCGCGGACGCGAUAUCGUUCCCCGAGGAGAUGCGCCGCGUGUCGAUCCUCUUCAUCUCCCUGGGCAACUUGGACCCCCACGCCUACUCUGGAGAUGGACCCUGGCUGUCGGGCGCCCGGCAGACGCAGCUCCUGAUGCGGCUGAUGCAGCGCUCGGUGUACGCGCUGGAGGGCUCCGUGAACAAGUUUCUGGUGGACGACAAGGGCGCCGUGCUGCUGGUGGUCUUUGGGCUGCCGCCCCUAUCGCACAUCGAGGACGAUCCCAUCCGGGCCGUGCUGUGCGCCAUGCGCAUCCGGGACACGCUGCGCGACGAGGGCCUGGAGUGCCGCCUGGGCGUGGCCACGGGCCAGGCUUGGUGCGGCGUGGUGGGCUCCGCGCAGUGCCGCGAGUACACCGUGCUGGGCGACACCGUGAACCUCGCCGCACGGCUGAUGGGCAAGGCGCAGGGGGGCGGGGUGCUGGUCGACGCCGAGACGCAGAGCGUGGCGUCGCGCGUGGGGAAGUUCUGGGACGACGGCGAGGUCAGGAUGAAGGGCAAGCAGCACCCCACCCGCGUCUACCAAUUCCUGGGCGUGCGCCAGGGCCUGUCCGGGCUGGGCCGCCGCGAGCCCUCCGCGCGCCUGCGCGCCUGGGAGGCCUGGCCCGCCCACGCCCGGCUCAAGGACGCCCUGGCGGCGCACGCGCGGAGAUCCGGAGUCAUCUUCAUCCGCGGCCUCGGCGGCGUCGGCAAGGUCGAGCUGGUCGAGGAGGUCAGGGCCUGGGCCGCCUCGGCGGGCCGGACGGCUCUGGAGGGCCAGAACAUGGACCCCUCCGGCAUCGUCGCCAUGGGCCGGCUUUGCCUGCAGGAGGCUUUCCAGGAGCUCAUGCGGCUGGCUAGCAAGAGCGACUGCUGGCGCAGCCAGGCGUGGCAGUUGCUGCUGGCCUCUCUCGGCGAGGAGGCCGGAGGGGCGUCGUGCUCGAACGCCGGCAGCGUGGCGAACGGCUCGCAGGACUCCCCGCGCCCCCGCUCCCGCACCGGCAGCCUGGCCGGCCGCCGCACGUCGGACCCCCCGCCGAGCUACCGGCGGGGGCCGCCGACGCAGGCGGAGCUGCACUGGAUCGUGAUCGCGAUGCUGAGGAAGAGCGUCGGCCUGGAGGAGGCCGCGCUGCUGGAGCCUUGGGCCCCGCUGCUGAGCACGGUGGUCACGCAGCUCGCCUUCCCGGCGCGGCUCGUGGAGGCCCUCCAGGAGCGCGACGAACAGAACAGCCGCCACCAGCGCUUCGCAGAGAUCUGUGCGGCGGUCCUGGACGCCUUCUCGAGCUCCGCGGCCGCAAAAGACGGCACGGUGGUGCUGCUCCACUUCAAGAGGCCCUCGAGGGCGAAAGAACGGGACAGCCCG